CAGUGUCAACUGUCUGUCAUGUCAAAUACCAAGUUUUUCAAGAUGCCAUUUUUAUUUUUAUUUAUUUUUUAAACAUGAACAUUAACCUAUUAAAAACGUUUACUCAAAAUUCCAAAUGCAAUAAAUUCCUAAACAAUAUUUUCUUUCAAGAUGUUCUAUGCACGAAGAACACUGCCACACAGUAUAGUACGUUUUUAGCGCCACAAAAAAAGCUUUUUGCAAGUCAAAUUUCAAGUUUUGAUACGUUUUCGAAAAGAUGUUAUUGUCAACAACAAAAUGAGGAGAAACGACCUACUCCGUCACACAAACUGCCACCUUUAAUGGAAUUUCCUAUUAUUGUUUGGCCCUCACUUUUGAAAUCUAUUAAAAACCUCAUUUUAACAACACUUAUUAUCAAGCCUUAUCUUGAUGAAGAAUUUAGUCUUCCAGAUUUUAUACAAGGCUCUAAAAAGGCUGUUGAGGUAGUAUCCCAUAAAAUCUCUGAUGGACAAGAUCUAGAAGGUUUAGUUGCUGCAGAGAUUAUACCUGCAUUGCAAGAAAAAGUUUCAAAAAUGACAUUGGGCCAAAGGGAUUUGAUACCAAUCAAAGCGGAUGAUGUUUAUUUUUCAUUUCCAUAUCAAAUAGGAAUUAUGUUUGACCAAGACGGUUCAGAAGCCCAAAAGCGUUUUGUCGAAAUCACAAUGGUCUACCACGUAAUGAGAGGUCUGUCAAGAAUGAGAUCUCAAGGCGAAGAACCGCCAAUCAAUAUGGGACUUUUGCCCGAAUAUCAAGACAGACUUUCGAUUUGCAACUAUCGUUUCAUCAAAGAAUUUACUAAAGGCGUCGACAGCGAUUGGACUAUCAAUCUACUAAACCAAUUUAGGCCUAUUGAUGAUGAAUUCUGAAAUUAAUUUGUUGUUUGAUAGCUCACACAUUUUAAGACAACUUGUUAAGACUAAAUUU